UGCAGUCAGACUUCUAGUGCAAUCUGGACCGGCGACGUUGGAUCUACUGCAUUGAAAGCGAAUUCGAAUAAUGAGUCGACACUCUUUCUCUCUUCUUCUUCUCGCUUCCUUACUGGGAGUGAUAUCAGCUCUGUCUCUCGUUCCUACGCGUUGCAAAGAGUUGUUUCGCGACUGUAACAAGGAAGCUCUGUGUGGAGUUCGCUCUUGUACGGUUGUGGAGAGAUGCUGCACGAGUGGGUGGGGCUACAAUCGGUGCUACACUAACAGAAGGAAGGAACGCGAGUGUGGACCGUUCCAGUGUGAAAACGGAGGAACGCGACUUCCUUUGCGCGGUAAACGUGAAAUCAGUUAUGGUGGAUGCGAGAUACCGACACCACAGUGCGCAUGCCCAAAAGGCUUUGGUGGACAAUGUUGUGAAGAACUGAUUGAUCCCUGCACUUACACCAAGUGUGGAGCCGGACAAAUUUGUAAAUCAGUGAAAGUGGUCUGCAAGAAGGCUCCAUGUCCUCUCCAAGCUAUCUGCGUUUCAGACGUCGGUAUCUGCCCAUUGUUUCCAAACACAAUCACAACAUGUGAAAUCAAACCAUUUUCGUGUGGAAACGACUCGCAUUGUUCUGAUGGUCAAUUGUGUUGCAAACGAGGAUGCGGCCGUGAAUGCAUAAAGUCUCUACCAUCUGGAACGACCGGUUGUGCUCGGGUUGUCUGUCGACCUGGAACGGUUUGCAGAGAGAGUAGCGUUGGUGUUUUAUGCCCCGUCCUAGGACCAUGCGAAAAGAGAGUAGAAUGCGUGCCUGAAGUUGUGGAACCUACCGAUACAACUACAACUACUUCAGUGGUAGAAGCUACAGUUGCAGAACCUACAAAUAGACCUGGCACUUGUCCUCGUUAUACCAAAAUUGGAAAACCACCUUGUGAAAAGAACUGCAAUGACGACGCGGACUGCAAAGGAAAGCAGAAGUGUUGCGAAAAACAUUGCUCACGCGUCUGCGUUGAUCCCUUGUUUAAAGUCGAAAAUCCUUGUGCAAGAGAUGAUUGCAAACCAGGCCAUGUGUGUGUUCCCAAUAUCUGUUUUUCUCCGCCUUGUAAAAAGUUCAGAUGCAUUCCACGACUAGUUCCUGCUCCUUGUCCACUGGUUGCUUGCCCAAAAGGCCGGAUCUGCAAAAAGGUACCGAUUCCGUGCCUCAUUCCGCCGUGUCCAGAACAGUACAGAUGUGUUCCCUCGAUUGUGCUACAUUCUGAAGUCGAUGUAAAUCCGUGUGCUAGAAUAAGAUGCGCAGCUGGCACAUCGUGCCAAGUCCAGAAGGGUCGUGCAGAAUGUGUGAGACCUGGCACGUGUCCCAAAUUUCCCGGUCUCGUCACGACGUGUCAAAUCGGUCCCGGAUAUUGUCGGAGCGACAUCGAGUGUCGGGUAGGCGAGAAAUGCUGCAGAAGAGGAUGCGGUCCGGAAUGCGUUCGAGUUGACAAACUUAUACUAAGUCCGUGUGCUAUUAAACUGUGUCCUAAAGGCACCAUUUGUGUUGAAAGAAAAGGCAAAGGCAUCUGCGAGAUUACGGACAACAACUGACGCCACAGUUUGACACUGAAUGAUGUGGGCAAUCCUGCAUCAUCGUUUUACUUUUAAUAUCAAUAUUGACUUGAAAUCUUACAAAUGGUUACAAGCGUAUCACAUAACCAGAUGUAAAACUGUGCGUAGUGUGACAAAUGAUUAGCUGUUUAGACAUUUAUCAAUAAAGAAUAUACGUGUUCAAGA